AUGGAUAUUAUUGAGUACGGCGAGUGUUAUGAAGGGGUCUAUAGGAGUAUAGGCUGUGUUACUGUCGAGGAUCGAAUGGUGGCCUCGAUCGAACUCACCAAAUGUGACUUACUAUCGACAAAGCUGGUUAUUCCGAUGGAGUGUGAGGGUGCUUAUACUCCCUCUGAUUGCACGCACGCGCUGUCUCGAUCCCCGCAGCUCUGGAACAGCUACACUGGCUACCUCAGAGACUCUUUCAGCCUUUGUCAACUCGUCAAACCCAGUGGACUGGCUAAUAGGCAGUCUAUCAUCGUCCAACACAUGGAUAUCCUCUUAGACAGACUGAACGUGGCUAUCAACACCCAGGAAGCCCUCAACCACCACCAGUACACCCAGUUCAACGACCUAUUCAACGCAAUAUACAUACACCUCAACCACACCACUGAUCAGGCUAUCAACACCUUGGUUGCUGCCCUCGAUGACCUCAUUGAUGGUAGCCUAAAUGGUAUCAUCGACACCUUGUUCACCAACCUCUUCAGCUCUAUUAGGUCGGUUGUCAAUCUAUCCAUCCUCUACUACCUCCUAAGAUGGACUUCUGAAAAUUUUGAUCAAAAUCUUCAAAUCAAGCAAACCACUCAAACAACACAGCCCACACAAAUCACACAAGCUGCACUAUACCAGAACACCCACCACCACCUCUAUACCACUCAACAAAAGAUUCUUCUCUGCUCCACCCUAACCACCAACAAGAUGCUAGACGAUAUCCUCUCACCCAGCAAUCCACACAACACACCACUCCUCCUAAUCUCACACUCACACCAACAAUCCCCGUUUCUUCUCUUACGCUACAUAGCCCUGCAAUACCUCCACCAAUCCACCCCAUUUACUAUCCUCUGCUACGAGCAGUCCCCGGAGUUUUAUAAGGGAGUGUUAGGGGACAGUGACUACGUGGGUUAUAUAGACAUGCGCUAUAUUUCUGCUGGCCUUGGCACACCCACACUCCCACACACACCGCUCAUAAUCGACAACAUGGCUCUUCUCCCAGCAACUCGACUGAGGGAGGUGAUACGACGCACACCCGUUAAGCGCGUCAUCGCGGCCAUUCCACACACUCACACUCACCUCCUCCACACACUCACCAACGCAUCCACCACACCCACAAUAUCCACGCUCACUCUCCACCCACUCCCGCACUACCACACCACACGCACAGCUUACGGUCUCGCACCCACCCACCCGUCCUUCUACAGCGUCCUGCAUGAACAGCUCCUCUUGGCGCCCAUUCACCCUUCCCAGCACCACCAGUCUUGCUUUGUCGUCGAAGGCGUCGUGCGCUCUCCCCGCCCGAAACAACCACUCGUGCGUCGUUCGCUGGAUGUAGUCGCUGUGCAGGGUGCACACGGUUUGCAUAUUAAAGAUGUCACCGAACAUGACCUCGAGCAGGUGCAGGUGAAGGAUAAGCAGGGGAGUGCAGAUGGCAUGCAAUCCACGCAAUCCACGCAAUCGUCUCAACCACCUCCACCCACUCACGCCUCCUUCAACCUCGCUCUCACUGAUGCGCAGAAACAGGCACGCGAAUCUGUCCUUCCGCCUUACCUGCAGGCUCAGCAGGAGGAUGCACAUGUACAGACAAGUAACACUCACCCACCCGCACCCGUCAUCAGCUACGACCCCGACAGUGCCGACGACUGGGAUGACGAUGAUCCAGACGACGACCUCGAUCUGUGA